AUGGGCUCGACCGCUGAAUCUGGAGCUGCCCGAAGCUCGCCAGGACUCAGUCCAGAGCAGAUAGCAAUAGUCAAAUCAACGGCGCCCGUACUUGCGGAGCACGGGCUAACGAUUACUACUCACUUCUAUAAGAGUCUCCUGAGCGCCUGUCCGCACCUCAAGAACGUAUUCAACAAUGGCCAUCAAGCCACUGGUACCCAACAAGCCGCUCUAGCACACGCCGUAUGGGCAUAUGCCGCCAACAUUGACAAUCUCGGCGCGUUAGGACCGGCUGUGUCUCGCAUAUCACACAAGCAUGCAAGUAUGGCGGUCGCUCCGGAGCACUAUCCUAUCGUCGGAAAGUACCUGCUGGAAUCGAUCAAGGCAGUUCUUGGCGACGCGGCCACGCAACCUAUACUGGACGCCUGGGAGGCUGCGUAUGGGCAACUCGCUGAAGUAUUCAUCUCCACAGAGAAGAACCUAUACAAAUCCAUGACUGAGGCAAAAGGCGGCUGGACUGGCUGGAGAAAAUUCAAAGUCGCUCGCAAAGUGCCAGAAUCUGACGAGAUCACCUCAUUCUAUUUCGAACCCAUCGACGGAAAGGCGCUGCCCACGUACGAACCUGGACAAUACAUUUCCAUACGACUGUACAUUCCCGAGCUCGGCCUCUAUCAACCACGGCAGUACUCUCUUUCGCAAUCGGCCAAUGAAAGCCAGUUUCGUAUAUCAGUCAAAAGGGAGGGAGCUACGUACGACAAGCCAGCAGGCUGCGUGUCCAACUUUCUCCACCGCGAGUUGAGCGAGGGCGACGAGGUGGAGCUCAGCAACCCUCGUGGAGACUUCACCUUGGAUGUCACCACAGACAAGCCCGUCGUACUCAUUAGCGGCGGGGUCGGGAUCACGCCUAUGCUCGCUAUGUUGGGGCAGUUGACCGAGAACGCGAAGCAAAGAAAGGUGCUCUUCGUACAUGCUACUCGGAGUGGCAAGGUCCAUGCUAUGAAAGACUACGUCAACGAGACUCAUUCGCAGAACCCUCAGGUGGGCAAGGCUGUCUUCUAUGAGAACAUCGGCGAGCAUGAUGUUCGAGAGAUUGACUACGACUACGAGGGCAGACUUGACCUCGAGAAGAUCCGAGAUCGGGUGCUUCUGCCUGAUGCUGACUACUAUCUUUGUGGUCCGUCUGGCUUCAUGCAGGCACAGCAGAAGAAGCUCGAGUCCAUGGGAGUGGCUAAGGAGCGGAUACACUCGGAGGUCUUCAACGCAGGAAAUCUUUGA